GAUAAAUUAUUUAUCCAUUUUUUAACAUGGAAGGGCCAUUGAGAUAAAAAAAAUCUCAUUUUCAAGGGAGACCUGGCCAGAUUGGCAGCAGUACAUACAUAAAGUUUCAGUUAAAAGCACUGUAGCAGCACAACAAUGCAGAAGAAGAAAGAGAACAUGGUAAGUAAAGUACAGCACGAGACUACAAGACUUGAAGCAAUAAAUAUAACGAUAAAUUACGUUCUAGGCUUAGAGAAGAACAGGUAUCACAAGGCAUGUACAUCUUCUGCAGUUUAUCAGAAGUAUGCACAGUAAGAAUCAAGUAUUAUAUUGCUGUUAUUCUUGCUUUUCUUUAAUACCAGGUCAUUACAUUUUACAUUUGUACCAGAAAUACUUUGUGUCUGUCUGUGUUAGCCUCCUCUUGAGAAGGUUUUUUUUUUUUUUUUUUUUUUUUGCUGAUCACAUUAGAAAAUCAGCCCUGGUCUCAUACACGCACUGUCCAAAAUACCCUCUGAAAAAGGCCGUCUCCACAGCCGUAGAGACAGAGGGGAGGUGCGGAGCAGCUCGGGGUCAGCGGUAAUCGGGAAUGUCAGUCCACCAGGCACCUCUCUAAUCUUUCCUCUCCGUCGCUUUCUCCGGCAGGACCGGUUCUCCGCAGGCACCCGAGGCGCCUCAUACCACAGCGACACGCGCAAAACACGUCUGCCGCAACUUGCGUUAACCCACGGCACGCGCGAAGAACGUCUGCGGCAAUGUUCGCCCACGGCUCUCCUCCCCAGGCCUGUUUUUGUACUCUCGCUUCUUGCGUGUUCCUGUACUUUUGUGAAGGGGCUUGGCGUUGCCUUCAUGCCCCACACUUCCCCCGGUCCACUCAGCAGGUUGCAUAAAUUGAGGCUUUGAGGUAGGUGAGCUGGCCCUCGGCUAUGCAGGUGACCUCGUCAGAGGUGAAGACAGGACAGGACAUGGCAUUACAUCAAUAUUUAUUAUACAUAUUUUAUGUGGCAAGGGUUCAUGUUCAUCUAGCUAGUCCUAGUGUCUUGAGCUGAGUCGGAGCACUUGUAUUUAUUAUCAAUUUCCAUUAUAUAAAUAAAUAUUAAACUCCACAAUGCUGAAAAAUACAGAAAGUUAACAUGUUUGCACAAAUCUAGAUGUUUGAAUAUUAGAAAGGCAAGUAAUUAAGAAAAAAACUGCAAGUGGCAAAGUAUAUGAUUUCAGCACAUAAGUCUACACUUUAACAAGGGUAUUAUAAGGUUUUUAGUGUAUUAAGCCUUGUCGUAUUUGAUAAUUCGCCAAAAUCUGAAAAUAAGCAUAUGUUGCGUGUUGAACAUGUUGCUAUGCUACGUCGCCUCAAACACAUUCGUUCCUCGGCACUGUGGAUUUCAGCCUUUUGUUUCUUUUGAACUGGAAUGAUUUUCCUCCGUCUUUCUGCUUGAUAGGUCGUGACAGGCUGGAAUAACAUGCCAGUCAAUGCGCGUUCAGGAGUACUUAGCAUUCCUGCGCCGCAGGUGAGACGUUUCUUGUCGGCUUCCCUUGCUGGGCGGGGUGAAUCGCGAGCGAGAGGGAGAGGGGCUCGCUCGCUCGCGCGCGCGCUUCCCCGGUGGCGUCUGCGAGCGGCACGGACAUGGCGACACGUCUCCCUCAGCGCAGGAGUUGGAGAUAUUUGAGUCUCAGUAUUAGGAUACUAAAAAGCAUCAUUUUCUACCUCGCUGUGUUGGGGUCACGUGGAGAAAGUCUGCAACAGAUACUGGCAGAUAAAGAAACUAUAGUUAAAAUAUCUGCUUCUGGAAAUUUAAUUCAGUGUUCAGCUGCUAUAGAUGUCCUGCUGUUACUCGAUGGCUCCUACAGCAUUGGCAAAGGCAGCUUUGAACGCUCCAAGCAUUUUGCCAUAAAGAUGGUGGAAGUGUUGGACAUUAACCCAGACCGGGUUAGAAUUGGAGCUAUACAGUACAGCUCCAAACCAAAACUGGAAUUCGGGCUGAAUGAUUACCCUACACGAGAGGAAGCUACAGAGGCCAUCAAAAACAUUCGCUUUCGAGGGGGCAGCACAGAGACCGGAAAAUCCAUAAAACACGUGCUGAGGAAGGGCUUCCCGGGAGGAAGGGGGGACGCGUCGAAAAUCCUCGUCCUCCUCACCGACGGGAAGUCCCAGGACAGCGUCAGGCCCGCGGCGGGGUUCGCCCGGAAGAGCGGCAUAGGGCUGUUCACCGUGGGAAUUAAGCACCCGAAGUGGGACGUCCUGCACACAAUAGCCAGCGAACCCAGCGAGAUGUACGUGUUUUUCGCCGAGCAUUACAGCGAUGCCGUCAACGGUCUCAUCACCACGUUGACUCAGCUGGCCGUCUGCAACGACAUUCACCCCAAGUGCAGGGUGGAGUCGCGUGCCUGUCUCAGGACCACGCUGGAGGCCCAUAAAGAGUUCCAUGGUAACCACGUGUGCUGGAAGAGGAAAGCCAACAAGCUUCAGGCUGCCCCUGUGGCUGGAGAGUGUCCUUACUACAGAUGGAAGCGAUUCAACACCACGAUACAAAGCCAGUGCCACAGGACUCUCUGCCCAGACCCCUGUGACCCCAGCCCGUGUCUGAACGGGGGAACCUGUAUCACGGAGAGCGUGGAGAGCUUCAGCUGUCUGUGUCCGCUGGGCUAUGGGGGAGACCAGCUCUGUGGAGGUGGCAAAUAUAUCAUCCCGGCAGGUUUAACGAACUGUGCUGUGGACCUGCUCUUCCUGAUCGACGGCUCCUGGACCACGGGCUUGGAGGACUUCCUCCGGGCCAAGGACUUCGCCAAGCGGGUGGUCCAGACCAUCUUCGCCUCCUCCGCCAAAAUCCUGGUGGCCGUGGCGCAGUACGCCGACAAGGUCCACAUGGAGGUGCCCAUCGGUCGCCACGGCAACGCCGCGGACCUGCUCGGGGCCAUCGACGCCAUCGGCUUCCGGGGCGGGAACGCCAUGACCGGGAACGCCCUGCGGCACGUGGCGGACAGUGCCUUCGCGGGCGCGGGCGGGUCCCGGGGGGAGGUGCCCCACGUGGUGGUGCUCCUGUCCAACUCCCGCCCUCGGGACGCGGCCGUCGCGGCGGCCCAGGUCGCCCGGCAACGGGAGAUCUUCAUCCUGGCGGUGGGCGGCGGGCGCCUGAAAGCAGAGAUGAGCCAGAUCACCGGGGACGCCGAGCUGGUCUUCACCUACGGACACCUGCUGGAGCUGCAGGGCAAGGUGCAGGAGCUCCACACCAGGGUCUGCGGCUUCAACGCGCCAGGCUGCUACUCCAAGACCCUGGACCUGGUGUUCGCGGUGGACGCGUCCGCCAACCUGCCGCGCGAGGGCUACCGGCAGGCCAAGGCCUUCGCCAAGGCCGUCGUCUCGCAGUUCGACAUCGACGCCGACCUCACCCAGGUCGCCAUGGUGAUCUACGGGGAGAAGCCGCGCACGGUGUUCGGGCUGAGCGCCUUCGACAGCGACGGGAGGAUGAGGAAGGUGAUCAGCCAGGCGCCGUACCUGGACGGGGAGCCGCGCCUGGGACGGGCCCUCCUCCACGUGCUCAAGGACACGCUGAGCGUCGGGGGCGGGGCCAGGCCCGGCAUCCACAAGGCCGUGGUGGUCGUGACGGACGGCCGGAGCGUCGACGACGCCGCCGCCGCCGCCGACGAGCUGAGGGGGAACGGGGUCGCCGUGCUGGCCGUGGGGCCCGGGUCCAUCCACUCGAGGGCGCUGUUGGGCAUCGCUGGCAGUGCCAGGCUGGCCAUUCCCGUGCCCUCGUACGAACACCUGAAACAUUACGCCAACAACCUGGUGCAAGCCAUCUGCAAAGACGUGCGAGCUCCGGCCAGCCUGUGUGUCCCCAACCCCUGCCGGAACGGAGGCGUGUGCGUGCAGAAGGACCGGAGCUACAGCUGCCGGUGCGACGGCUGGACGGGAGAGCACUGCGAGAGACAGCUAUCCCAGCAUGCAGCUCGCUGGCCCUGAUGCUGUCCCAGGGUCUGGUUAGGGUGACGGAUCUCCAGCUGCUCCACUGCUGCUCUGUUCACAGACGCUGCAGCUUGAAAAGACCGCUGGACAAAAACGAAAGACGGACAAGUUGCGGGCGUUCCUUUUCUACCCUUCUAAAGUGGAACUACUCCACGCACGUUCCCGCUAGUACCCAAUCAGGGAAGGACAAUGGAGAGAAGAACGUCUAAGGACAAGAUGGCGACUCUGGAAACGGUGGAGAAUUUGGAUUUAUUGACGCCGAUUUCUCUGGCUGGCGCCUCUGCUCGUGUGCCAGUAUCGGCGGUGAUCUCACGUUAUAGCGCCUUGCCGUUUCGUGAUGGAGACGGAGAAACGUGCGAGCAGGCCCGUGUGGCCGCGACUGUUUCCACAGUAAAGCGAUAUGGAGGGGGGAAGGCCCAAAGCCCUCUGGCAUUCCUGGAAAUGAAAAUGCACAGAGACGAUUAAAACCAGAUGACAGAGGUGUGAUUUAGACCUCAUGGACCCCUUAAACUGCUUAAUUUGUCGUGAAUGUUUGCGCCCUCCAGCUAGCCAGUACUAUGCACCACUAAUGUUAGGUUUAAUUGGUGUAAAUAGCUCAUUAUCACCAUUAUUGUUGCAAAUACACACACAAAGCCCUUCUGGCAUGUUUAGGUUCCUGGUAUGUAAUAAGUUGUAAUUUCUAUUCAUCUGCUAUUAUCAUAAAACAACCAUGACUGGGUAUAAAGGGGUAGCUGUAUGGUGCAGCAGUUAAGGUGGUUGCAGGUUUUACACCAAGGUGGAGAAAUGCUGUUGGCAACAUUCCCCAGGAUAGGACAUCUACCAAGGAAGUGAUGUUAUUGCAACGUUAGUGAGUCAUGGACAUUAUCCAUCUUCUAAUUGCCAAAAAAGUAGAACAAACUUCUCUGCACUUUGAAUUUCAGGACAUCAGCAUGAAAACGCCAUCUGAAUGCACAAUGAGGACUGGGGAUUGAUUGGCAUUGGCUGGCUUAAAAUAGUCAGUUUGAGGGCACAGGACUGCCCUUCACUAAUGAUGUCAUUGGAAAUGCCGUCUGAUUUGUCAAAAGCAUGCUGCCCUCUGCUGGUCAUCUGGAGUAAUUUCUACUGACCUCGGUACAGGAAAAAGUGACCAUGACAAUCAUUACUAAGCAAAUCCAUAUCCAUUUAUUUCUCAGGCAAUGCUUGUAGUUGCCAAUAGACAUCCCCCCUCACUGGAACAUUUGGGCCUCUGAGAUCGAAGGCCCUUCGCUUGUAUUUUUGGAAAUGUUUGGAAACUGUUCUCUAUAACACGUGAAUUCUGUGUACACUGCCUUACACUGAUAGAUCGAACAGUUUAAAUGAGAAUGAUUUGGAUACUGUGUGGGUUAUGUAGUAAUAUAACUAGGUGUUUUUUCAACCAAAAAAUAUGAAACUAAACCUUGCGUGAAGCUAUAGACUAAGUUGGGUUAUUAUAAAAAUAAAUAUUGUUCCAUUUGUGAGAAGUUCACAUCUCGGUCACAUUUUUACACUGUAUUUGUUUACCACGGUCCUCGCUGACCCUGGCCACUUUCCUGUUUUUAGUGUUCAGGUCCAGUUUUCUCAUGAUCACGCGGGUGCGCAAAGCAAACAUACAAUUAACAGAAUGCAUGAUAAAAAACAAAACAUGACACUCUUCUGUUUACCCAGAACCACUCACCUCUAUCACCACAUGUGUGACUCGUGU